UGUCGGAAGGGAAAGAUUCAAGAUGGACGCCUUGGAGCAGAAUGAGUACGACGUUUUCAGACGAGACCUUUACAGGGUUGCAGUCUCAAAAGAAUUUGAGCCCAACAGAAGGAUUGUCAAAAGCAUUGAUGAAGAUGAUGAUGAUGUUGAGGACUUUGAUGAUCUGGAAACAUUGCGGCUGGCUGCCUUAAAGAGCCUGGGCACAAAGAAUUCUUAUGGGAAACGACAAUCAGCUUCAGCAGAUGUGGGGGAUACGCGACAUGUAAGUCUAGCAGGAGAAGAAAAAUGUGAUUUGCAGAUAGUUGCUCUUGAAAGACAGGACAGCUUCUCCUCAUCAAGUACAGAUUAUGAAGAAAUUGACCUGAGUGAGAAGUCAUACCACGAGUCAGGAGAUAAUGAGAGUGACUUGGAUCUUGUUAAUUCAGGUAGUGAUGAUGAUUUUCAGAGUGAUUCCCCUAAAGAUGAUCCAGAAAUGGAGAAUCAAGAGGAUUCAGAUGGUGGUCUAAGUGAAGAUGAUAAUGUUAGAAAUGAUACCAUUUUGACGGAGGAGUUUGCUGCUGAAAAUGACAAUUUUUCAGAUCAGAAGGAUGUUGAUGAUCAUGAUAUUCUCACUGAUGAAGAUGAGUUUGAAAAUAUCUCAAAUGAUGGUGAAGAUGAGGAAGAAAUGAACAGAGACUCAGAGGAUAAUUUGGAAAAUAAUUCAGAACAGUUGGAAGAUGAAAUGGCAGACUCUGACAAUGAAAUCAGUAUCUCAAAUGACAUCAGUAUUACUAUUGCCAACGAGUCACUCAUUGUGAACUCUGGUGUCAAUUUGGAAAUUGUAGAUGACGAAGUUGAUAAUAACAGCGAGUUAAACCAAGUUGACAGAAGUGUUAGUGAAAGUAUAAAUAAGAAUAGCUUGCUAUCCUUGCAACGCAUCAUUGUCAGUCGGUCAGACAGUGAAGAAGAGAAGGACAAUCAUAUUGAGAGUAAAACAAAAACAGUGGACAGAAAUCAUUCAAAUGGGAGUCAAGUACCUCAGGAAAAAGUCAGCAAAAGAGAUAACCCUGUGGUGGAAUCUGUAACAGUGAAUACUUCUGCAGCAAAUAUAAAAACAAAGGUAGCACCUGUUAAUAAAGGAAAACUAAAACAAGCUAUUUCCAAAAGUGAAACAAGUACUAAUGUAACUGUCACAAGUCUACAAGAAGGAAAGAAAAGCACUUCCAAACCUCUUACUGGAGAGAAACAAGGAAUUGUAACUUCAUCAAACUUUCAAAAAAGUAAAGAUUUACCACCAAAGGAAAAGUUGAAGGACAAAGAUAAGGAGAACCUAAACAGCAAACAAGUGAUACAAAAAUGCAAUGAAAUUGUGCCAGUCAAUGCUGUCAGUCUUGAAAACAAGGCUAAAACUAGUGGUAACAAAGCUAUCAGUCUUGAAAGCAAGGCCACAGCUUGUAGUGCGAAAGAUGCCAGUCAUGAAAACAAGGCUACAGCUUGUAGUGAGAAUGAUACCAAUCAUGAAAACAAGGCCACAACUUUUAGUGAGAAAGCUAUCAGUCAUGAAAGCAAGGCCAAGAUGUGUAAUGACAUGGAAACAAAGCCACUUGUGAUAGAGUUGAAAUCAGAGACUAAGAAUGAGGAGAAAAUGGACUUUGAUCAGCUCAGUAUUGAGGAUGAGGACAGUGAUUUUGAAGAAGAGGAGGAGAAUCCUCCUACUGUGAAAUCUAGAGUAGGAUUGAAAAAAAUACCUACUGAUUGCCGCAAGAGAAGGAGAAGUAACUCCAAAGAAAGUGACAGAAAAAAACGUUCCCACUCACCAGAAAGAUCUCGUACUUCAUCACGUUCAUACCACAGUCACUCGCUUUCACGUGACAGACUGCAAGAUCCAUACUUACACAACAGGUUUAGGGAAAGACAUCUUCAUAGAAGGUCGCAUUCACCAUCAACAGAUAGAAUUCAUAGAAGACAAAAUUAUAGCCAUCGCCAGAGGAGUCGUAGUAGAGACAGAAAACAUGAAAGAAUUUCUAGAGACAGCCAAAAUAACAGGUUUCACCAUUAUCACUCCAGGUCAGACUCACAAACAAGGAGCAGAAGAACUAGGAAACUAAUCAAGUCAAAUAUAGAAAAAUCAGACAAAAGAGACAGUAUGAAAAGUGACGUUAAAAAACAUCUGGAAAGGAAAGAUAAAAGUAAAGAUAAAAUUACUACAACACACUCGUCAACAUCACCAAGAAAAGAGAUGAGAAAUCAGGAUAAAAGUGACACUGAAAAAAUGUCCAAAGUUAGAGGAGCUUCGUCAACAAUUAAACAUGGUGCCAGUGAAAGCAAAAGUACUUCAAAGCGUACAGUUCAGAGGGAUGUGGAUGGUGCAAUAAUUGUAAAACCCAAAGACCUGAGGUCUCGACUUUCAGGGAAGAAAGGAGGUGAGAGGAAAGCUACCCAGAAUGAAGAGCUGAACAAGAAGAGAUCUCCAAAAAGGGAAACAAAAAAGUUUGCGAGGGAACGAGAACUGGAUGUGCGUAUUCAACAGAUAAAACAGAGAAAUGAAAUUAUUUUGAAGAGAGCUAAAGAAGUCCAAGCAGAGAAAAAGAAAUUUAGCUCAUGACAAAGAGGAAUUUCUAGGAAGUUUCUGCAUGAUUAUUGUUUGCCCUAUUCCCAAAUCAAAUUUUAAUUAAGAAGUAAAAUUGUUGUCCUCUCUAAGUAAAAGUUUUGCUUUUCUUCGUCACAGUUUUAUUGUUCUGAAAUUGUUAUUUUUCAGGAAAAUAGAGAAUUAUGAUUAUUAUUGUUUGCAGAGCCCUACAGUUACUGAUUAGGAGCGGACGUGCUUAUAACAUUUAGGUUUCUCAGCAUUUUUUACUAAAGAGUGUGGAGGUUUUCCAGUAGGCUGUUAUAUUGUGUAAGUGUUCAGGGGCAAACACUUAUCACUGAAAAUAUGACAAGAGUACCUUUUUGUCACCCUCAUGUUGCAAGAAUGAAUAGAUACUUGCAGUGGGUAUUUUUACAUGCAUGUAAACAUGCUUAAGUUGCAUAAUGCUUACUUUCAGCGCAAUUAAUUUAUAGAUAGGUAAAUGGUAUUUUCAUUUCUUAGUGGAAGGAAAUGCUGGUGUUAACACUUUAGUAUUUGUAUUUCCCACGUUUGAACGGGUUGGAUAUUUUUUAUGGCCACCUUAGACCAUGCUUGCUGUGUUCAGCAAUGAUAUACUUGUUCCUAAAUUGCAUAAUUUCCCCCCAGGUUUAGUCACAGAUGUACCAGUGUUAACAGUUUUGUGUUGAUUAAGAUGGUCUGAAUUGUGGUAGCAUACCCAUUCAUAAGCUUCAUAAUCACAUCUACCUGCCAAGUCUACACUUUACUCACUUAUUUGAUUAUUUUUGAGGAAUACAUUUACCUUGUGAUGGUCAAGUUUUAAGCUCAUGUCAAAUCUUUCAUUGUAAGUGAGAUGAAUAUUUUUUGCUAUGGAUAAAGUGGAACAUGUAACUUGACAAAUCGUUUGGUUUUGGUGCGAGAAAAAAAAUAAGUGUGGGGGCAGAACAGAAACAAAUAUUGCAUGCACUGUGGAGUUUAGUUGUAGUAAUUAUAUUUUGGUGUAAUAAAUUUGUAUUUUUAGA